GUUGAGUUGGCCGACAGCAUGCAGACUUUGCUACGUGGUAACAGUCUAUCAAGCAAAAUCAUGAACUUUAUCUUUAAGCAAUAUGGCCAAGAUUAUCUACAAGCGGUAUUGGGGCCGGCUCUCAUGGAAUUGGUCCGUCGUGAUGCCGGAGGAAAUGGAGGCAAUAGCAGCAACGUCCUGCCUCUCGUUUUGCCACAGUAUGGUAGUACUUGUAUCACAAACUUCAUCGUCGCUACUGAAUCGAGCUUGGGCUCUAAAUCGGAAUCUACUGCAACGACUACUGUUCAUGGAGGCGAAAAUAGUGCAAAAACUGGUAUCAGCAGUAGCAGUACUGCAGCUUUGUCCGCAGGAAUCAAUACUUAUGGUGAAGGUACUCAUAGCUUCUCUGUCAGCGCUCCAGGCUUUGAGAUAAAGCAUGAGGCAGGGUGCACUCUAAAUUUGAGUGCCGAUGAUCUUGCUGUGGGCAGCGAUCUCCUAACAUAUGGAGAAGCUCUGCCAGGUGUCGGAGGAUGUGGUUUCGGAAGCAGCGUUUGCUCCAGUAACACAACUACGUUGCAGUCCAGCAUCACGGGCGUGUCUACUAUAACCUUUAGCAAUACCGGAACAGGUGCUAGCAUCAACGUUGGGUCCAAUACUCCAACGGCAAUGGCAAAGCCUGUCGUUAUGCAUCGACCCUCCUAUGAAGUUGAUCCGACGCGUCUGGAGCCUAAUGAGAAUCUGGAGGAGAAUCAAAACAAUCUGGUUUACGCAACGGAGCUAGUCUACUCUCGUCUUAUCUCCUCUGUGGACAGUUUUCCCCGCCGACUUCGGUGCAUGUGUAACUGCCUAUACAAGUUGAUAAGCCAGCGUUUCCAGGGCAGCCAUCCAGAUCAUAUUAUAACCGUACUUUCUACUAUCGUUUUCCUACGCUUUAUCAACCCAGCUGUGGUAUCGCCUUGUGAAAGUGGCCUACUUGACUUUGAGCCUCCAGUCCGUGUCAAGCGCGGUCUUACUUUGCUCGGAAAAAUGAUGCAAAAUAUUGCCAAUCAGCUCUUCUUCACUAAGGAACCAUAUAUGCGUAUCUUUGAUUCUGUCCUUCAGCGUCAUUUCGAUUCCUGCCGACAUUUCUUCCAUGUAAGCUGA